CAUAGAAUGGACUCAUCUCUCGAUUCAUUACUUUAAUCACAAAACACGGCAUUCAUUAUAAUAGCAUAUAUUGUUUGCGACCAAAGUUUCACUACUAUUUCAGAAACUAUUAAAACAACUGAAGAGUUACUAUAGUGUUGCAGAUAUAGUUAAUUCCCAUACAAACACUUAUCAAACAUAAUGCCGAUCGACAUCUACUCCAUGCGACUGAGCCCUCCCUGUCGGGCUGUCCUGAUGGCGGGCCGGGAGUUGAACAUCGAUUUGAAUGUCAAGACACUGGACUUGAGUGAAGGCGAACAACUGACCCCCGAAUUCCUGAAGCUAAACCCGGCGCAUACCGUUCCCACCAUAGAUGACGACGGUUUUAUCCUAUGGGAAAGUCGAGCCAUUAUGCAGUAUCUGUGCAAUCAAUACGCACCGGACAGCACGCUAUACCCGCGUGAGCCCAGGGCACGGGCAUUGGUGGACAGGUGGCUCAACUUCGACAUGGGUUUACUCCAAUCGCAACGCGAGGCUCUGUUUACGAAAUUGUUUAGUGGAGUGGAUCCGCCCGAAGACAAAGUGAAUGCCUUUAAAAACAAUUUAAAACUUUUGGACGCAUUGAUCGGCGACAACAAGUAUUUGGUGGGCAAUAACCUAACCAUCGCUGACCUGUCGGUGCUGUCGACGACUAUAGUCCUCGAGAAAAUGGAUUUCGAUGUCAAGGAUUACCCGAACUUCAAGCGCUGGACCGCAACACUCAGCCAACAGUUGCCUUAUUUCCAGGACAUCAACGGCUUUGAUAUGAAAGCCGAGGCAAUGGUUUACAUCGAGAAAAUAAAGGCUAAACGCGCGGCUCAACAAAAUGCCAACUAAUCUUAUUAAUGAUACUUUUGUCAUAAUUAAGUGAUUACUAGU